CAAAACUCGGUUCUGGCUGGAUCAUCAUCAUCAUCUUCGUAUGAUCAGCUACUGCUAUAGAUUUGAUUUCAAAAUUUGUCUCCGCGGAGCUCAAAUCGAUAAUCAAUGGAGGCAAUCCGGAAACAGGCAACGAAGCUCAGAGAUCAGGUCGCUAAGCAACAGCAGGUCUUCAGACAAUUUGCUGGUGGUAUAUAUGGAGGCGCAGAAAAUGUUGCAUCUGAUGAGACAGAUAUUCAGAAUCAUCAAAGACUCGAGAAACUAUACAUAUCGACACGCGCUGCCAAGCAUUUUCAAAGGGAGAUAGUUCGUGGUGUUGAAGGUUAUAUAGUUCAUGGGUCCAAGCAACUUGAGAUAGGUACCAAGUUGUCAGAGGAUUGUAGAAAAUAUGGUUCUGAAAACACUUGUACAAGUGGCAAUACAUUAUCGAAAGCGGCCCUCAGUUUUUCAAGAGCUCGUGCUGCAAUGGAGAAAGAACGUGGAAAUCUAUUGAAAACUCUGGGCACACAGGUUGCGGAGCCUUUGAGAGCAAUGGUUAUGGGUGCGCCGCUAGAGGAUGCUCGACAACUUGCCCAACGUUACGAUAGAAUGCGUCAAGAGGCUGAAGCUCAGGCUAUUGAUGUAUCCAGACGUCAAGCAAAGGUGAGGGAAUCCAUGGGUACUGCCGAAUAUGUUAUGAAAUUAGAAGCUGCCGAAACAAAGCUUCAAGAACUGAGGUCAAAUGUGGCAACCAUGGGAAAAGAAGCUGGUGCUGCUAUGGCUGCUGUAGAAGGCCAACAGCAGAGGCUGACUCUUCAGCGCCUCAUUUCCAUGGUGGAAUCAGAGAGGAACUAUCAUCAAAGAGUUCUGAACAUACUUGAUCAACUCGAAGGCGAGUUAACAUCAGAGCGCCAGAGAAUUGAGGCAUCUCCAUCUCCAACUCCUAGUGCACCUGCAGAAAACUCGAUGCCUCCACCACCAUCAUAUGACGAGAUCAAUAACACUUUUACUCCUACCUAUGAUGAGUCAUCUGAUGUUGUUGACUAUUUCUUGGGAGAGGUUAUGCACUCAUUCCGCGGUGUGUCUGAUAUGGAGUUAAGUUUGUCCGUUGGAGACUACGUUGUUGUCCGUAAGGUUUCAAACAGCGGUUGGGCAGAGGGAGAAUGCAAAGGGAAAGCUGGUUGGUUCCCGCUCGAUUACAUCGAAAGGAGAGAACGAGUUCUCGCAAGCAAAAUGGCUCACGUCUUUUGAAUCCCAUUCCUUGUUGUCCAAUCACGCCUUCUGUCUGUGUGAGUUCCCUCAAGUAUGCUCUCUGUCCCUCCUGACUCGAAUAUUUGCUCGACUCGGCUAUUUUGGUCUCCCAUUUGGGAUGUGUUGUAGAUCAAAUUUUCUUAUCCCUCUUCCCUCUCUCCAUUAUUAUAGCUCGAGAAUUGUAUGUAGGUCAUACCGACAUUCCUUGAAUCAAAUGUUGUUUCAUAAUCACAAAUGCUUUGGAUUGGAUUGUUCUUCCCUGCCGCAGAUCGACACUGUUCCGCUAUUGGUUUGUCUUUUUGAUGAGUGAAUACAAUAGAUACAUGGCUUUUUGUGUUGUUUUCUCGUCUUAUGGCACUUCUCUGAAUUUCAAUAUUCCAAAUUGUAUCCCAAAAUAGAUUUGAGCAAUAUAAGGAGCUUGAGAUCGUCAA